AUGAACCUUUCAAACUACAUGUCAAGCAUCGUGUCGGAGGUACAGCAGUUCGGUAAGGCGUACGUGGACUCAUUUGUUUCACCCGGUGAAGGGAAGGACCACAAUGAGCCCGGCAGUGAGGCGGCGAUGAAAAGCCAUGGGAUGCCUGCUGGUACGAAAACGGCGGCGGCGGCGGCGGUUUCGUCGUUCUUCACAGCCACACAUAAAACACGUGGCGACGCUCACACCAGCACCUUCACCGACGACAGGAAGAAAAACACCAACAACAGUAGCACUAGCAGUAGUUAUUCGGCACCUCACCGUACUGUCAUGGCAGUAGAUGCCCAGGAUAAAGGAACAGAUGUUAAGGACCACCCCGGUGCGCUCCCGGUGUUUCAGCAUGCGUCUACCCGGGCGCCUCAUGAUGUUGCGUCCGUGGAGGAUUUGCAGUUACCUGAGGGUUUCUCGGGACCCGUGGGGUCGGCGGUGGAGAGGCACUCCUCCUCCCUUUCUUCCAGUAGUCGUUUGGAAAUAAAGACGGCGCCAGCGUUAUUGGGGAAAUCGCUUCGAAAAAACACGGGGAAGAAGGCAGGUAAGACGUCCCGUUCAAAGUUUGGUGCGGUAAAAAUACAACCGGAGCAUAGUGUGACGACAAGCACACAUCCAACCGUGAGCCCUGCCUCAAGUCCUGUGGACUCUCCACUCAGAUUGCCUCCGAGUGACAAUAAAGACAGUUUAUGUCAACCCGAAGAAAAGGACACGACGGUUGCUGCUCCUGGUGUUGAUACCUUUUCUAGCGUGGCCCCGUUGGAUUGGAGAAGGAGACAGAAACGGAUCCUGCAGCUCCUUCACGCAAGUUUAGGGCGACGGAUGGAACCAUUGGCCUCUGAAUGGGUGCAGAACGCCCUUUCUCAAUUUGCGAUGAAUGUGGCAGUUGAGGCUCUCGUCGGUGUCGCAAAGGAUCCUUUUCUUUUGGCAACGUCGCCGCCGUCAUCUUCCGUGGAUACCCCCUCUGAAAGCGCCUGGCGCCACGCUGAGGCUGAACUUCGACGCUGUGUGAAACGUGUCAUACCACGCGAGGUAUUCGGGCCUUACGCCUUUGUCUACGACAAGGCCACUGCAAACGAUAACGUUGUGCUUCCAGGAAAUGUAAUCUAUCCGGCUGGUUGCAGCAGGGUAACGCCACAUGAAGUCCUUCAUGAGGCGCUUUUGCGAGCGCAGCGCUGGUGUGAUGAACGUCGAACUCGGCCGUCGACGCUGUUGCCAUCCGAGUCCAGUUCUGUUUGGAAUUGCGGUAUAUCAGAGUUUUUGGCGCUGUGCUUUAGCCCGCCACUGUGCGCAGGGGUAAAAGAGGUUCAGGAGGUGACGCACCAUUCACCACUGCAAGAGCAGGAGCUGCAGCUGGAGAGGACAGCGCUGGAUAUGUGGAUAAAAGAUGUGAUGGAGCUCUUCUGUGGGAUGAUCUUUAGGAGGGAUUUAGGGGCAGGGCAGCCGGUGCUUGGAACACCUGCCAAUGAGUUUAUUCUCGCCGUUGGCAAUGAAAGUGACUCCGCGUCCCUGGAUGAUUUGGAAAACGCUUUGCAUGACGGGACGGCAGCCCUUUGGGUACUGAGAGAAGCGAUGGUUCUGAUGCUGCUGCUGCUUUGGGCCCUGCAUUCCUGCUCUGCAUGUGAGUGA